ACUAGGAGGCAGGAUGUGACUCACGAACCAACAAUUUCAACUUUAGAAACGUUUCUCCUGGCGACCAUGUUACGGUCUUCCAGAGAUAAAGAUAUCCCGUCUUUAGACAUUUAUUCUGAAGAUGAAGAUAAUACCGCAUUAACUGGAAGAAGAAGAACCCCUUUGGGUGAAGUAAAUGAAGCUUCACCUGAGAGCAACGUGAACGGCAGGGCAGCUCCUGGGCGGCUCCCCGUACGCCAGCGGUACUGGAAAGACACACACCUGUGGCCCGCUCGUAUAUUCUCUGUGCUAUGCAGUAUAGUCAUCGUCUCGUUUAUCGCUGUGCUGAUCUCAUUCUUGUACAUCGUAUUAAAAGAUUUAAGAGCUGAGAGGAUAACCAUUGAAGAUGGAUCAGAAGUAAGACUCCUGGGUUUUUGGAGUAUUUUGGUCCUGUCUUCUGUGGCUGGAGUUCUAUGUUGCAGUUUCUCCUGGACCCUAACCUACUUUGACUCCUUUGAGCCAGGAAUGUUUCCUCCAACUCCUCUUUCUUCAGCCAAACUCAAAAGAAUGACCGGACACUCUUUCCACAUGGGCUAUAGUAUGGCAAUACUCAAUGGAAUAGUGGCUACUCUCACUUUUAUAUGGUAUCUCACCUGAUGCACCUCAACUACUGCUCAACUGCGGAGACUUCAACUGUCCGAGUUUAAUAGCUGGAGGGACUGUGAAAUAAUGUUACUAAUAUAAUAUAACUACAGCUAAAAACAAAUAAGCAUUUUCACUGAAUAAAACAGUAAGUAAAGUACAUGUAGAAAAGACUGUAAAAAAGAAAAAAAGGUGGACACUUUUUUUGAGCUUCAAUCUGUUGGUUGCAAUCCACUGCCAUUAUCAAGCUUGGAUGAGCCAGGACAUGUAUUAUUAUUAACUCGUCAUACACAUCUAGGAUGGCUUGAGGGUGAGUAAAUCAUGGGGUAAAUUUAAUUUUAAUCGCUCCCUUUAAUCGCAAGCACAGCUGUCAAUCAUAACGUUACACCCAUUUUUAAUACCAUCAAAAAACCUAACUUAAAACAAACACUUCAUUCAUCAGUGUGAUAAGAAACCAUCUUUGGAAAAAAUGUAUUUGAAGUGUAAUUAGGAUUUUUUUUUUUUUUUUUUUUUUUUUUUUAGUUUGGUUUCAAGUCCCAUUCUAUUACAUGGGAGUGUGCAGGGUUUUUGAGCUAUACUGCAGCCAGCGAUUAGCAGGUAAAUGUUUUGGUCUCUUUUUUUUUUUUUUUUUUUUUUUUGAGCUUUUCUCAUAUUUUCAUAUGUUAAUUUGACACAUUCAAUAAACGCAUAAUGAAUUUUUUAUUAUAUAAAUAACAUUAGGGAUGUCAGGGUCUCUUUGUUACCCAGAUAUUUUGUCUGAUAAAAGGCUUUUAUUACAGAAUCCCGUUGCAGCAGCUUUUUACCAUUAUAAUAGCAGUGCAUUAAAUCUUUUUGCCCUUUUGAUGUCAUUCAUUCAGUGGGACAACACAACAUACAGUAGAUGCCGUUUAAGUCUUUCUAAAUAAAUUGAAUGGGCAUUUUAUGACCUCCUCUUAGCAAAGACUAGAGUCCCUUUGCUGUCAUGCUUUAUUAAAGCUGGAAGUUGCUGCUCUAUUGAGGGUUUUGAUGGGGGAAAUCAUUAAUACAAUAGCUGUUUUGGGGUUGAUGGAGAGUGACAGUGUUGAGGCUUUGUUGAGAGCCUGGGAGAAGGUCAGAGAGUGUAGAAGUGGAUUUAAUUUAUGACUUUAAUUAUUUGAUGCAGACUCUGCCAGGCCAUGAUUACUUUUUUCUUCUUCAUUGAAUUAGCAGGCCCUGUAGCGACUCUUUUCAGCUUGCUCUAAUGCACUGAUCUGUGACUUGUAUAUAUGGAGUAUUAAUAUACCGCGCCUCUCUGAGUGUAUGUGGCUCUGAUAAUUUGUUUUCAUUUACAGGACAUUUCCAUCUCCAUUUUAGUACAUUUA